AUGGAUUUCACGGAGUUAUAUUUUAUGACCUUGCAGAGCUUCCUGUGCAAACUUCACGCGCGCUGCUGUGACGUGCGCAAUGGACACGCGCACGGCACGCACACAUGCGCGCCGCGUAGCGCGGUAGCCGCCCGACCGGUCGCGGCGCGGCCGCGCCAAAUUGCCAGCGCCGCGCUCUGCCGCCCUGGUAGCAAGCGCCCCCCUCCGCCGCCACGGAUUCGAUUCCCCGGCCGGACGCACAGAGUGCACCUUGCUAACAGACCAGAGUCACUUCCAUCCGGA